GCACUUGGUGAUGGAAGAGCCAAAGAAACAGCUGAACCUCGUAGAAAAACCCACUGAAGCCAAAUAACUUAGCUAACGCAUUUUGUAACCAGUGUGUUUCUCAGAAGCAGUAAGAUUAAGUGGAUCAGCUGGUGUGCUCUGUGCCUGGUGGAAAGAAGCUUAUUUAAAUAAAGAGGUCCAGAGAAUCCGUGCCUCAGUGCAGAAAGAAAAUGAGUUCCACAGAAGACCUUGGCUAUCCUCAAAUCAUCUUGCAAUGCAGCAGUGGAUUUUUAAUCUCAAAGGUUAUGUUCACAGCCUGUGAGUUGGGGGUGUUUGAUCUUUUGCUGGAGUCUGGGGAGCCUCUCUCUUCAAAUGCCAUUGCUGUGCGCUUGGGUACCAGCACCACAGGGAUGGAGAGACUGCUGGAUGCCUGUGUGGGAUUGAAGCUCUUGGCAGUAGAGCUGACACAAGAAGGAGCCCUCUACAGAAACACAGAAAUUUCCAACGUCUACCUUACAAAAUCAAGUCCCAAGUCUCAGUAUCAUAUUAUGAUGUAUUACUCCAAUACUGUCUACUUGUGCUGGCACUACCUGGCUGAUGCUGUGAGAGAAGGAAGAAACCAAUAUGAAAGAGCUUUUGGCAUUUCAUCUGAAGACUCUUUUGGAGCAAUGUACAGAUCGGAAGAAGAAAUGUUGAAAUUCAUGGCUGGCCAGAACUCAGUAUGGAGUAUAUGUGGAAGAGAUGUUCUUGCUGCAUUUGACCUUUCCCCUUUCACACAGAUCUAUGACCUGGGAGGAGGUGGAGGGGCUUUGGCCCGGGAGUGUGUUUCUUUGUACCCAAAUUCCACGGUCACAAUUUAUGACCUGCCGAAAGUCGUGCAAGUGGCCAAAGAACAAUUCGUUCCUCCUGAGGAGUGUCGGAUCGCUUUCCAUGAAGGAGACUUCUUUAAUGAUUCAAUUCCAGAAGCUGAACUGUAUAUUUUAUCCAAGAUACUGCAUGAUUGGGAUGAUGACAAAUGCAGGCAAUUGCUGGAAAAAGUCUACAAGGCUUGCAAACCUGGCGGUGGAGUGCUGGUGGUUGAAUCGCUUCUGAAUGAAGAUAAAAGUGGGCCUUUAGAAACCCAACUGUAUUCGAUGAAUAUGUUGGUCCAGACAGAAGGAAAAGAACGAACAGCAGCAGAGUACAGCCAGCUCCUCGAGGCAGCUGGCUUUGGAGAGUUUCAGUGGUAAAUAGAUCUGGACUAAUAAUGAUUCAGUUCUCAAGACUUCAUUAGACUGGAUGAGGUGGGUUCCCCUGGCUCUGUAUGUGAGUGGUGUUACUCUUGCCUAUAAGAGUGAUUCUUGGUGUCCCACUGAGAAGAGGACUGCCUUUGCUGGUGAGGGGCCACUGGUCUUAUACUAACUUUGCCUCAUGUUGACUUCUCAGGGCUCCAUUUCUGGCCUAUGCGGCUUGUUAUCUGGCUGUUUUGAGAAACUACCAUCUGAAGCAGAGCUUGAUAGCAAACGUCUCUUACUGUUUGUCAUCCCACACUUAGAUUUCCCUGUAAUAACAAAGGCCUUGAAAACAUGGGUGCAGGCUGAAGACAGGUGCCCCGGCAUCAACAAGAACUUGCUGACAGCCAUUGGUCUUUGAAGCAGCACAGCCUUGAGCACUGGAAAAAAAAAAAAAAAAAGCUUCAGAUAUAACAGACAAAAGAAACAAUAACUAUCCAAGAAAAUAACAGUGGAGGAGCAAAGUAUGGAACCACUGCCUAGAAAAAAACCAGCACGGUAUGCAGUUGGAUCAGGUGGUGGCUGGGGGGAUGAGUAUGUGCCAAAAGAGACCUAAAAUGGAGAGGAGAAGAGUGGGAAAUUGCCACCACGGGAACUCUGGUUGCAGAAGCACUGCAGGAUGGUGGGAACCAGGCCCAUGCCCCCAGAAUCCAUGACGGCUCCAGGGUCCAGCUCCCCCUCCCUCCACCUGCCUGCUCCUAGAGCCCCCUCGAGGGACCCAGGAACUGCCCACCCCUUGCCCUGGAGUGCGUGUGCUGCUCUAAGUGUGUGUGUGGUUUUCCUCACAAAUUCUGCAUGUUUCUGCCCUCUAAUGCUCUAGUCCCUCAAAAAAAGCCUUGUUGCAAAUCAAUUUAGUUUUGGGUAAGAGCCACAUUCUGAAUUAAGCUCCAGCAGGGUUAUGAAGAACAUUCAAUACUGGGGGUGAGGGGCUGAGGUGAGAGAUGGUGGGGAAUGCUUUCUGGAUCUCAGUAAGGAAGGCCCAUAACAGAUGACUCAAUAAAAUAACUGUUUUCGUGAGAAAGAAUAAGAAGAGGAAUAUAGAUAACAAAAAAAUUUUGCGUCCGUUCAGAUGGCAGGCACCCAUGUUCAUGCAGCAUUAGAUGGAUGCCAGCUGGAUUUUCUCAUAGUGUGUUGUACAGAUCCUGUCCAUGGAGGGAAGUGCAUCGUUUUGGGUCAUUUGAGUUAUAUAAUUUUCUUACAAGAAAAAGGACGUUCUCAUGAGAACUUGUUGCUGCCCUGUUAGAUAAAGGCAAGGCCAUGCUGGUGAUGUCAUCGCUGGCAUAGGGAGGGAGCUGCCUGUGGGCUGCUCUGCUACUGAGCUCAUCCUGCAGCCCCAAGGGGUGUGGGCAGCAUGGCACGGGCCUGAAGACCACCCUGGCCAUGCAGCACUGUGCACCAUGGGCUUGCACCUGCUCAGCUUAGCUGUGAUGUGGGUCACUACUUCCUAAAUGUGCAAUGGGCUCCCAGUCAGGAUCAGUACAUUCCACCCUUUGAUCCACCUAGAAUUUACCUUUCUCAAAGUGAUUAUAAAUUACAGAUUACAUUAACAGCAUACAGGUUUCUCAAGCCCUAAGUAUGAGAUCCAGUAGAGCAGACUUGGCUCCAAGACCACUGACUCCUUGAGCACAAUGUCUUCUGCAAGGGUGCCAGUGGAGUGGCUCCCAGAAGGUCAGUGUGUUUCUAAAGAACUGGAUGUUCUCACACCUUGAAACCUCUGAAAGGGUGAAGUAUCCUUGUUCAGGUUUGCUGAAAGCAAUUUGAUCGUAACAGGAUGAAACAGAUUUCUUAAAAUAGGAAAUAUGUCUGUCUGUUACAUACUAGUGUGAUCAGACUGUCAGGAGCUGACUAAAAGCACAUAAAACUCAGUAUUUCUUUCCAGUGACUCAGGGUGGGUUUUGCGAAUGAUUUAAGGUUCAUGUUGUUAAAAAGGUACAUAUUUAGUCUUUAUCCUGUGCUGUCCCUUACGGCUUUAAAACAGGUAGUGCUUUUUGAAAUGGAAUACAGUCUUCAAUCAAUAAACCUUUGGUGUGAUAAAUGAAGCAGUGCCAGUAGCACACGUUGCUGAUUUCUUCUUUCAGCAUUUAUAGUACAAAAGGGAGACUGCAGUUCCAGGCUGUGAUAUGAAUGCUAAGGAUGCCAAAGUGCAACAGAACUGUUCACAUCUCCCUGUUUAAUAAAAAACAUUUUUUUAAAAAAUUAAAAUCUUAUGUUGGUAGGAUUUAAUUUUUAGUUGGAGAGUAGAUAAUCUAACACUACUAUACAAACAUUUCUUUCAGGCCUUUAGGUGUCAAAAGUGGUAUUCAACAGCCUUGGACAACAAAGGAGGCUAAAAAGGCAAUAAAAGUGAUAGCAUUAAUGUGUGUAGGAGUAAAUGUUAAGGCUCCAGUGUUACAGCUGCUGAGGGUAAAGAUGUUUAAUUGGCAAGAAGGAGUAUUUUGUAUGCAGGGAGAAUGCAAAGAGGACAGAGCCAGGCUUUUUUCAGUGAUGCCCAGUGACAGGACCAGAGGCAGUAGGCACAAACUGAAACACAGGAGGUUUCUUCUGAACAUUGGGAAACACUUUUACUGUGCAGGUCACUGAGCACUGGCACAUGUUGCCUGGGGAAGUGGUAGAAUCUCUCACCUCAGAGAUAUUAAAAGGCUGUAUAGAAAUGGUCCUGGGCAACCAGCUCUAGGUGGACUUGUUUGAGCAGGCAGACUGGACCAGAUGACCUCCAGAAGUCCCUUCCAAUCUUAAACAUCCUGUGAUUCUGUGUGUCCAAAUAUGGAUGGAUUUAAGGUAAGAUGUGUCUGGCAGCUCAUUUUUAAAGAACAGUAACUCAGUGUUCACCUUUAGCUAAUCAGUUUCAUGCAGUGUCUUGAAUAGUGGUAGGAAAAAUCAGAUUCCAACUGUCUAUUGGUGCUGGGCAAACCAAGCUCCCAACCGGGAAGGAGACCAAGAUGAUUCCUAGAGGAAGACAUCUCUCCAAGUAUGGGCUGAAGAUAAAUGAGAGAGAGGGAAAGUUCAGGCCAAAGUACUCGUUACGGGUCCUGAUUUGUCCCCUCCACAUUGAAGCUGUUGGCUAAAGGAGGCUGGGGUAGGAUUGUGGCCCCCUCUUGAACGUUGAGUUCAGCUACAGGCGAGUGCAGUGACCUAAUGUAUGUGGCAAUAUCUCCAGUGUGGCCUGUGUUCUAAGCAGGUGGUAAAACACAGCCUACAGACGGUGGGCAACAGCGGCAACCCCAAGUUCUAUGACCCUCCAGAUGGCUCCUAUAGCAACCAAGGUGCCUGAAGUGCUGGCUGAAAUUGUAGAGAGGAUGAGAUGGUUUAUGAUAAUAGAUUAUGGAAGUUCAUGGGCUGAUCAGGUUCCCACCAUAAUGGGAAGGGCAAUCAAGGGAAGAGCAGCAGUGCAUUUAAAGAUUGUUGUACCUACACUGCUUGUAAGGUUCAGCCUUCUGCAGAGGCACAAGCAGCAGAAUUACGAGCUGGCUAAAAUGCAUUGACAACAACUGAUCAAAUGGGUCCAGUGUGGGCUCUGCUGAGAUGACUCCUAUGGAGGAUGGCAAGCAAUUGGGAUACAGUCAGGUUUUGUAAUGAUAUUAUAAUCCAAGACAGGAAAGCAGGCAUGUAAAAGCUGGCAUGGAGAACAGUCCAAGUAGUCUUGCCCUGGAAAGGCCUUAUUUGGGUUACUCAUGCAUAGAAGAGCACUUUAGAAAAGAAAUACAGAAGCUAAAGGGAAUAAUUUUGUUUUAGCACAGACCCCAGAUGAUACCCAGACCGCUCAAGAAGCCUUUUCAUCUAAGGAGGGCAUUUACAGCUCAAGAGGUUGUAUUUGAAGACUGACAAGACAGAGGAUUAGGUGGUUUAGUUAUGAUGUUGGAAUUAUAAAUACACCAGUAUCUUUUUGUAUAAUUGAUCCUCAACCUUUGUAUGGGUAGAAAUAUCCUGAAUUAUUUCACAUUAAUGACUUGUGUGCUAAAGAGUGUGUAAAAAUCAACAGGCAUACCAUAAAACAAACAAACAAACAAAACCCACCAACCAACCAACCAAAAAAAAAAAAUAAAACCUCCACUGCAGUGUAAAAUGACCUACCCUAAUCUGGGUACUGUACAAUAAAAGUUUUGAAACUACUUUGAUGUUGUUUAUCUAAACUUCAAGGAAGUGGAGUCCCCACAGCUAGCUAUUCCUUGGUUACAUUUUUCUUAUUUGCUGUAUUGCAGGAAGGAUAGCAAUUUUGAUGUGAACUAUGUGAUAUUCACAACCAUUUAAUAGAUUCAGUGAAGUUCGGGCAAUAAAAUGAUCAACUAAAAUUUUAGAUGGAAGUCUAAUUCUGUGUGGAGAAACCCAGCUAUUCAAAAUCGCCAUGGAGAGUUGGAAAGUUUUCCACUUUUGGAGGAAAGAAAGGGAAAGAUUCUGUCUGUUCUAGAAAAAUGUCUGUAGCUACCCAUAGCUCUAAAGAAUUACUCUGAUGCAAAUGAUACCUUGUCAUUGUGGAAUAAAAAAAAGUCUCUAUCUUGU